CAAAGCAUCAAAAUUGAAUAGAUUCAUAACUGUUGAUGAAGCUAUCGAUCUACCAAAAGUCCAUAAAAGAAAAAGAACUAAAACAGUAGAUAAAAAUUCCCAAGAUAUGACCAUUGGCACAAGUAAUUAAAAUAAGAAGCUCCUCUCGAACACUUUUCCACCCUCAAAGUAAUUAGAAUGAGAAGCUUAGCUGCCACACUUGUAGAUAAACUCCUGACCCUUUUUUCUUUGAUCUCUCGAACACUUUUCCAUCCUAAAAGUAAUUAGAACGAGAAGUUUAGCUGCCACACUUGUAGCAGCAACUUAUAUAGAAGGUUUGCUAAGUAAUUAGAAGUUAGAACUAACAAUAAUGAAAGCUGAAUUUUCAAGUUCCUAUUUAAGAUGACUAUAUAUAUUAAGCUUGUUUUCCUAAGUUGUUUUAAGCUUGUUUUGAGAGUGUUUUUUAGUUUGUUAUGGAUGUUCUUGGUUGCUUGAUUGAAUGCAUCAUGUUUUUCUUUCCUAAGAAGUUAUUUAUGCUUCAGUUAAUACUUUUAAAUGGAGUCUAGAGAGUGGAUUCGUGAUCCAUCAAGGCGAAGUGAAGAAUAUAUCAGAGGAGUUAAUGAGUUUCUUGAAUUUGCUUUUCAAAAUUCACAAGUUAGUGAAAAAAUCUGGUGUCCUUGUACAACAUGUGCAAAUUGUAAGUCACUAUCUCGUACAAGUGUCUAUGAACACCUUACCAAUCCACGUCGUGGAUUUCUUAGAGGUUAUAAGCAAUGGAUAUUUCAUGGUGAGAAGCCUGUAGCUUCAAGUAGCACAAUUGAAGAACCAGAACAUACUGAAAUGGAGCAUGACAUGGAUGGUUUAAUUCAUGAUGUUUUAGCAUCUCAUACAGCAGAAGACCCAUUAUUUGAUGAUGGUGAAAGGAACCCACAAGUAGAAGAAAAUGCUAACAAGUUUUAUCGAUUGGUAAAGGACAAUGAGCAAAUUCUCUAUCCCAAUUGUAAGAAGUAUAGCAAGCUAUCCUUUAUGGUACACUUGUAUCAUUUGAAGUGUCUUCAUGGGUGGAGUGAUAAGUCAUUUUCUAUGUUAUUAGAUUUGUUAAGAGACGCUUUCCCAGAAGGAAAUGUUUUGCCAAAGUCAUUCUAUGAAACAAAGAAAAUGAUUUCAGAGCUAGGCUUAGGUUAUGAAAAGAUUCAUGCUUGUCCUAAUGAUUGUAUCCUGUACUGGGACAAAUAUACCAACGAUGAAGUCUGUCCAAAAUGUGGUGCGUCAAGGUGGAAAACAGUAACUGAAGAGGUACAACCUAAUGGAACCAAGACAUCUGAAAAACAAAAGAACACACCUUUACCAAAGAGUGUGCCAUUACCAGGAAUUCCAGCAAAGAUACUUCGAUGGUUUCCUUUAAAACCAAGGCUACAACGCUUAUUCAUGUCUUCCAAAAUUGCUGAAGCAAUGAGAUGGCACCGUGAUGGCAGAUUGGAUGAUGGUUUUCUUAGACAUCCAGCUGACUCGCUUGCUUGGAAGAAAUUUGACUCCAAAUAUCAAACUUUUGCUUUAGAUCCUCAUAAUGUACGAUUAGGAUUGGCUUCUGAUGGGUUCAAUCCUUUCAAGACUAUGAGUAUUACCCAUAGUACAUAGCCUGUCAUUCUAGUUCAUUUCAACCUUCCUCCUUGGAUGUGUAUGAAACAAUCAUUCUUCAUGUUAUCAUUACUCAUUCCUGGUCCUAAAGGUCCAGGAAAUAACAUUGAUACUUAUCUUCAACCAUUGGUAAAAGAGCUUCAAGAGUUGUGGGAGAAUGGACUUGAAACCUUUGAUGCAUACAAGAAAGAGUCAUUCCAACUUCAUGCUGCAUUAAUGUGGACUAUUAAUGACUUUCCAGCAUAUGCCAACCUAUCUGGAUGGAGUACUAAAGGAAAAUAUGCUUGUCCAUGUUGUGGUUUUGAAACUUCCUCACAAUGGUUACGCAAUGGUAGAAAAUUUUGCUACAUGAGCCAUCGUAGAUGGUUGACACCUAAUCACAAAUGGAGGUUGAAUGGUAAGGACUUUGAUGGAACACAAGAGUUUAGGGAUCCUCCUAUUCGACUUGAUGGGACUGCACAGUUAAGGCAACUAGAUGAGAUUGAAGAUGAAUGUUUAGGGGAUCAGGCACAACGCUGGAAAAAGAAGAGUAUUUUAUUUUCUUUGCCUUAUUGGAAAUAUAACGAAUUGCGUCACAACCUUGAUGUGAUGCACAUUGAAAAAAAUGUGUGUGAUAACAUCAUUGGUACAUUGUUGAACCAAGAGGGGAAAUCAAAAGAUAAUUAUAAGGCACGAGCUGACCUUGUAGAUAUGGGCAUAAGAAGUAUUCUUCAUCCUCAACCAAGCCCUAACACUAAUACAAUGCUUUUGCCUAGAGCUUGUUAUCAAAUGACUACCAAAGAAAAAGAUGAUUUUCUUAGUGUUCUCAAGAAUGUAAAAGCUCCGGAUGAAUGCUCAUCAAACAUCUCACGGUGUGUGCAAGUGCAACAACGCAAGAUAUUUGGCUUAAAAAGUUAUGAUUGUCAUGUUUUGAUGCAAGAGCUUCUUCCAAUAGCAUUGAGAGGAUCAUUGCCAGAUAAAGUUACCUCAGUUUUAAUUGACUUGUGCAACUUCUUCAAACAAAUUUGUUCUAAAGUGCUUAAUGUGAAGUUUAUAGAACAGUUGGAGUCUCAAAUAGCUAUCACAUUAUGUCAGCUUGAAACAAUAUUUCCUCCUUCCUUUUUUACUAUAAUGGUGCAUUUGGUUGUUCAUUUGGCUCAUGAGGCUAAGGUUGGAGGACCUGUGCAAUACCGAUGGAUGUAUCCUAUUGAAAGGUUCCUUCUCACCCUUAAGUCAUUUGUACGUAACAAAGCAUAUCCAGAAGGAUCUAUUGCAGAAAGUUUUUUGGCCAAUGAAUGCCUGACCUUUUGUUCACAAUAUUUAUCUGGGGUUGAAACAAGGUUUAGUAGACCCACUAGAAAUGACGAUGAAUUUGACUCUACAUUGGAUGAUGGAAGUUUUUUACAUCCUAUGGGGAGGCCGCUAGGACGGAAGAGACAACAAAAGUUUCAGUUAAAGAAACGAAAGAGAGUGAGUAGAGCUAAGCUUGAAAAAAAAAGAGUUACAACAAGCUCACAGAUAUGUGCUUUUUAACUAUGACCCAGUCACUCCAUUUGUAGAGUAAGACAUCAAUCUUGUUUUCCUUCUUAUACAAGUUCAAGAUAUUUUAUAAUCUUUUGAUUACAUUCUUGUUA